AUGUUUUCCCGUUCAGCCAUCUCUGUCCAAAAGACCUUCAUCCGUGGUGUCCGUUUCAACUCCACUGCUUCAAAAGCUACCAAUGCUGCUCAAGGUUUUGUUGAAAAAAUCACAGCUAAUGUUAACAAAGCUGUUUAUUGGUCAAAAGUUACUGGUGAAUUAGCUAAACAAGUUUAUUUAAAAGAAAAAUUAUCUCCUCCAUCAAUUGCUGAUUUCCAAACUGUUUACACAACCUUAUACAAACAAGUUUUACAAUUAUCAACUAAACCAAAAGAAGUUUUAUCUUUUGCUAAAAAUUUUGGUAAAAAUGAAGCUUUAAACUAUGGUUCUUUAGCUAUUCAAUUACUUGGUUUAUUUUCAUUAGGUGAAAUCAUUGGUCGUCGUCAAAUUGUUGGUUACCCACAAUUCGGUUCUCAAACUCAUCAUUAG